ACCUAAUCUAAACUCUAAAGAACCUUGCCACGCAUACUCUUACAGGCCAAAGCUGACCUCCGUUACCAUUGGACACCUGCCACAGAAAUGCCACGUCUACUGCCCAAACUGCUUUGCUUUUCCUAUAUAUGUCAGGAGUCCCAAGCUAGCAGGAACAAACCAUUCCGCAAAACCUAAUCCUCUCACAGCAUCAUAAAUUCAUACCACGUUGAAGAUGAGUCAAAUUCAGCAAAGAACGCCAGGGCAAGAACAAGAACCCAUUAACUACGGCGACGUGUUUAAUGUCUCCGGUCCGCUAGCAACCAGACCAAUAGCACCGGAGGACGCAGCCAUGAUGCAGACUGCAGAAACGACAAUUCUUGGAAAAACCAAGGGGGGCGGUCCAGCUGCUGUCAUGCAAUCGGCAGCCACAGUCAACGAACGAGCUGGCUUAGUGGACCAUCACCAUCGUGAUGUCACUGAUAUUGCUGGAACACAAGGCGUCGCUGUCACUGAGUUUGACGUCCCUGGAGCUCGCAUAAUCACCGAAUCAGUCGGUGGACAGGUUGUUGGGCAGUACACGCAAGUAACGCCGGUGUCUCAAGAGGUUGUCGCGGAGGCAGCAGUGGAGCAGAGUAAAAUCACUAUAGGUGAAGCGCUCGAAGCAGCAGCGUAUUCGGCUAGUAAGAAGCCAGUGGAUCAAAGCGAUGCGGCCGCAAUUCAAGCAGCCGAGGUGAGAGCGACUGGCAGCAAUGUAAUCUCGCCGGGCGGUCUGGCAGCUUCGGCUCAGUCUGCUGCGUCUUUCAAUGCCAAUGUGGAUCGGGACGAGGUUAAGGUCAAACUCGGCGAGGUUUUAAGGAAUGCGACGACGCAGUUGCCAGCUGAUAAGGCGGCGACUCGGCAGGACGCGGAAGGCGUGGCGAGUGCUGAGCUGAGGAACGACCCGAAUUUGGAGACUCAUCCGGGUGGAGUGGCGGCGUCUAUUAAUACAGCCGCUAGGAUCAAUGACGGCAUGAAUGUGUAAUGCAUGUGAAAUAUAGCGUGAAGCGAUGCACUUUGUUUUUUUGUAGUGUGUGAUAUUGCUAUAUAUAGGAGCCAUGGUACAUAUGUACUAUAUAUAUGUUUGUGUGGACUUUCCAUAUAUGUAAAUGGAUAUGGUACUGAGAACAUGCAUUACUAUCGAGUUUUGAUUGCAUGUCGUUUUGAAUAUGCAUAUCAGUGAA